AUGGUUAUGAGAGGGGCUGUCGAGUCGGGCUUCCCCCUGCUCGGAGUGGCCGUACUAGCCUUUCUCUGCUGCAUGCGAGGGGGUCAGACCCAGGAUGACUCGGGCUCUGGGGGGAUCCCAGGCACCAUGCCUCCCCACCUCAUCUUCAUUCUGGCGGAUGACCAGGGCUAUGGGGACGUGGGCUACCAUGGCUCGGACAUCCACACUCCGGUCCUGGACCAGCUGGCUGGAGAAGGGGUGAAGCUGGAGAACUACUAUGUCCAACCAAUCUGCUCACCCUCACGCAGCCAGCUUAUGACCGGGCGGUACCAGAUUCACACGGGCCUCCAGCAUUCUAUCAUCCGGGCACGCCAGCCGCUGUGCCUGCCCCCGGAUGCGCCCACCCUGGCUGAGCGGCUGCAGGAAGCGGGCUACAGCACCCACAUGGUAGGAAAGUGGCACCUGGGCUUCUGCCGGCCGGGCUGCCUGCCCACAGGCCGCGGCUUCCAGAGCUUCCUGGGCUCCCUGACUGGCAGCGGUGACCACUUCUCCUACCAGAGCUGUGACCAGGCUGAGGCCUGCGGCUUCGACCUGCACGAUGGGGACAGACCAGCCUGGGAGAUGAGCGGUAACUACUCCACAACACUCUACAUAGAGAGGGUUAAGAAGAUCCUGAGGGCCCAUGACCCCCGGAAGCCCCUCUUCCUGUACCUGGCCCUCCAGGCCGUCCACACACCCCUCCAGGCACCAAACCACUUUUUGCAACGCUACAGUGCCCUGGACAACCGCCCGCGACGACACUAUGCAGCCAUGGUGAGCUGUGUUGACGAGGGUGUGGGGGCGCUGGUGCAGGAGCUGAGGACUCGUGGCCUCUACCAGAACUCUGUCCUGGUCUACUCCUCAGACAACGGGGGCCAGCCCCUCUCUGGGGGCUGCAACUGGCCACUGCGUGGGGGGAAGGGCACGUACUGGGAGGGGGGAGUACGGGCGGUGGGUUUCGUCCACAGCCCACUCCUGAAGAGGAAAGGAAAGGUGAGCAAGGCACUGAUACAUGUUUCUGACUGGUACCCAACCCUGCUGUCUCUGGCGGGGGCACCGGAGAAGGACCGAGGCCAGCUGGACGGCCACAAUGUGUGGGGGGCCAUCAGCCAGGGUCUGCCUUGCCCCCGCACUGAGAUCCUGUUCAACAUCGACCCGGUAUCCCGACGGCCUGGGGAGGCAGACUCCAGGACCCUGGCCCUUAACGGCUUUGGCAUCUGGGACACGGCAUUGCGGGCGGCAAUCCGGGCCGGGGACUGGAAGUUGCUGACGGGAAAUGUGGGUGAUGGGGACUGGGUGCCCCCUCAGACCCUGCCCGGGGGGCCCCAUCAGUGGCAGGGCAUGGAGAAACGUCGGGACCAGAGAGGGAAGUCUGUGUGGCUUUUCAACAUCACCGCUGACCCUUAUGAGAGGUCAGACCUAGCCGAUGCAAGGCCUGAGGUGGUCAAAAUACUGCUGGCCAGGCUGGCCGAGUACAACCAGACGGCCGUGCCGCCCCGAAACCCCCCCGAUGACCACAUGGCGGACCCCCAGCUCCAUGGGGGGGUGUGGACACCAUGGCUGGGUGAGGAGGGCAGCGAGGGUUCAGAGGGCAGCGGGGAGGGAGGGAAAGGGAAGGGGAAGAGUAGUAAAAUGAGGCACUGUAAGGUGUGCAAACUGAAAGCCCUCUUUAAGAAGGUGGGCUCCCGGAUGCAGAGGUCCUCUCUCUUCUUUUAG